AUGAACGAAAAGCCGACACACGACGCGCCACCGGCCGUUGCGCCUCCUGAAGCCGACAGCAGGCCUGGCAAGACGCGAUUAUCCAACGUCAUCUUAAGACGCGAUGCGGUCGCGUGGUGCAAAAACAUUUUCUCCGAAGUGGUGCUGGGUCGCAAGACACUUCCGCCCUCCAAGAACGGCCGUCGGAUCCCUCUGCGUCUGAACCAAGAUGCGCCUUUGUCCGACGAGCGCCGAGGCGGUCACCCCUACGUGUCCAAUGCCAUUCGAACCUCGCGAUACACCUUAUACGAUUUUGUUCCAAAGCAGCUGUUGUUUCAGUUUUCCCGAAUCGGUAAUUUCUACUUCCUCUGCGUUGGUGUGCCACAGACAAUACCCGGCAUCUCGACGACCGGAAACUUCACGACUAUUUUACCGCUGCUGUUCUUCGUGUUGGUAACAAUCGCGAAAGAGGGAUACGAUGAUUUCAAGCGGCACCGGCUCGACAAGGUGGAGAAUGCACAGGCAGCACACGUGCUCAAGCAUUCGAAAAAUGGUAGCACAGUCAUGCGAAAUUGGCCAUCCAAGCUUGGCGGACUGUCCAGGAUGAAUCAAAAUUCGUCUGAGACCAAUUCUGGAGAAGGACCUUGGACAACGACCAAAUGGCGUGAUAUUGAGGUCGGAGAUCUCAUCAAGAUAUCAAGAGAUGACCCAAUCCCGGCAGACAUCAUACUGCUCCACGCCAACGGAGAAAAUGGCUUGGCUUACAUCGAAACGAUGGCCCUUGACGGCGAGACCAGCCUCAAGAGCAAGCAAGCGUCGGCAUCGUUGGAAGGUUAUGACACGCUUGAAAAGAUCAUCGCGUCCAAUGCUGAAUUCGUCGUCGAGGACCCGAAUCCUGAUCUCUACAAGUUCGACGGGAAGAUCACUGUCGACGGCAAGUCACUACCACUCACCUCUAACGAAGUUGUCUACCGCGGCAGCAUCUUGAGGAACACCGGAUCCGCCAUCGGCAUUGUCAUCAACACUGGGGAGGAAAGCAAAAUCCGGAUGAAUGCCAAUCAACAUCCCAAAGCGAAAAAGCCGGCGCUGGAAAUUGUAUCCAACAAGAUUGUUGCCACCCUCGCCAUUUACGUCAUUAUUCUGUCUAUUGGCUGCUCUAUGGGAUAUCUCAUGUGGCAGAGGUCGCAGGAGCGAAGAAUGUGGUAUCUCAAAGAUGCCCAAGUCAAGUUCUACGAAAUCCUCAUCGGCUUCAUCAUUCAGUUCAACAAUGUCAUCCCCCUGGCGCUAUAUAUCAGUCUUGAGAUUGUCAAAGUCGGGCAGCUAUUCAUGCUCAAUUCUGAUGUUGAGAUGUACCACGCCGAGACAGACACGCCUGCGCGAUGCAACACAAACACAAUUCUCGAAAAUCUGGGUCAAGUGGGCUACGUAUUUACCGACAAGACGGGUACGCUAACUGAGAACGUCAUGAAGUUCCGAAAGUUAAGCAUUGCGGGUACAGCUUGGCUUCAUCAACCCGACGUUGACCUGGAGGCCGAGGAUGGCGCGAAUAGCUCCGUUGAGACGCUUUCCGAGGCCAAAGGAGGGCGCCGAGUUUCGACUCAGCACACCAGAACCGAUGCUGAUGCCGAUUAUAACGUCCAGUCGCCUACGUCUCUUGGAAGGCCAUCCAUGGCGCGCUCCCGCGCCCCGUCCACACGGCGGUCCUCCUCCCAGUGGCGCUCCACGGGUCGCCCAGACCAUGUGCAACCGGAUGUUACUACCAAAGAGCUCUUGGAAUUCAUCGGGUUGAGACCCCACUCCCUUUUUGCCAGACGAGCCAAAGAUUACAUCCUGGCUAUGGCUCUCUGCCACACUUGUCUCCCGGAAAUUCGUAACGGCGAGAUUGAAUACCAGUCUUCGUCCCCCGACGAAUUGGCAAUCGUUCGAGCAGCGCAGGAACUCGGAUACACCGUCGUCUCCCGGACGUCCUCAUGUGUCACAUUACGGCUCAUUUCUGAUGCUGCCGGCCCUGAGAAGGAUAUGACGUUCGAGAUUCUGGACGUUAUCGAGUUCAGCAGUCACCGAAAGAGGAUGUCCAUUGUUGUGCGUUACCCCGAUGGACGUAUCUGCAUCAUUUGCAAAGGUGCCGAUUCGGUUAUCCUUCCAAGACUCAAGCUGGCCAAUCUGGCUUUGCAAAAGGCCCAAGAUGUUCGAAAAAGCGCGGACCUGGAACAUGAGCUUCUUAGAAAGAGCGAACAACAAGAGCCGAGAAUCAGCGUCAGCGGCCGUGCAAGCAUGUCUUUACGAAGAAGCAUCGGCAUUGCACGUGGUUCUUCAGGGCCGAGUACGAGACCUAAUGCGGACCGUAGCCAGUCCUUCGAGGCAAGCAAAAUGAGAAAAUCGGGCGAUCUCCUCCGACCUUCGAUUAACAUCCGCACUGCCUCAUAUGAGGCUUCGCCAGCCUCUCCCUUGACUAACCAUCAUACCCCCAAGAAGUUCGCUUUCCUCGAUGACCCUGCCAUCGCCGACGAUUCGGCUAUUUUUACACGAUGUUUCAAACAUAUCGACGACUUUGCGACCGAAGGCCUCCGCACGCUGCUUUUCGCCCAAAAGUUCAUCUCGGUCCAAGAUUACCGCACGUGGAAACGGACAUUCGAUGAUGCCGCAACUAGCUUGACCGACCGUCAGGAAAAGAUUGAGGCUGCAGCCGAGAUCAUUGAGCAGUCUUUCAACCUUGUCGGCGCAUCUGCGAUUGAAGAUAAGCUUCAAGGGGGUGUGCCAGAGACUAUCGACAAACUUCGACGGGCAAAUAUCAGGAUCUGGAUGUUGACCGGCGACAAGCGCGAGACAGCGAUCAAUAUUGCCCAUUCGGCCCGCAUCUGCCAGCCCGUGUCCGACCUGUUUACUCUUGAUGUUACCAGGGGAGAUCUUAGCGGCCAGAUGGCAGCACUAUCUGAAGACCUACACUCUGGUUCUGUCCACAGUGUUGUUGUCAUCGACGGGCAAUCCUUGGCUUCCAUUGAGACUUCGCCCGACUUGACCGCCCAGUUCUACUCGGUUGUGCCCUUCGUCGACUCCGUUAUCUGCUGCCGUGCUUCGCCUGCGCAGAAGGCUCUUAUGGUACAGACCGUCCGGUCCCAGCUUCGUAAGCUGAAAGGCCGCAUGGGCCACGGACUAACCCUUGCCAUUGGUGACGGCGCCAACGAUUUGGCGAUGAUUUCUGCCAGCCACGUCGGCGUCGGCAUCUCAGGGAAAGAGGGCCUGCAGGCUGCUCGAGUAGCUGACUACGCCAUAGCCCAAUUCCGAUACUUGCAGCGGUUACUUUUGGUGCAUGGCCGAUGGAACUAUGUACGGACCGCCAAGUUCAUUCUUUGCACUUUCUGGAAGGAGAUGUUCUUUUACCUUCCAACUGCCAUGUACCAGCGCUACAACGGAUACACGGGUACUUCGCUCUACGAGUCGGCUAGCUUGACUGUCUUCAACACCCUGUUCACCAGUCUCUGUGUCAUCUGCAUGGGUGUCUGGGAGCAGGACCUCAGCGCCGACACCCUGCUUGCAGUCCCAGAGCUGUACAUGUAUGGUCAACGAAACAUGGGACUGAAUCUGGCCAAAUAUACUGCCUGGAUGUUCUCAGGAGCGUGUCAAGGUGUGCUGGCGUAUUGGGGCGUAUGGGCGGGGUAUGUUUGGUUUGCCCGCUCCAGUGACCAGGGCCUAUUUGCCGUUGGCAACCUCUCAUUUAGUUUGGGUGUUAUUUGGAUCAACUAUAAGUGCUUCAUCCUUGAAACGCACCACAAGUCAGCCAUCGUAAUGGCAUCCUUCUUUAUCACUUUCUCCGGAUGGUGGGCGUGGAAUGGUUUCCUUUCGUCCAUCUACGCACCCGCUCCAUCGCCUUAUUCCGUGCGGGACGGGUUUUCAAAGACAUUUGGCGCGGACUGGGCAUGGUGGCUGACACUCAUUGUCAUGAUCACCACUUUCGUUCUCAUGGAGACAGUCUUCCGCACAUUGCAAAGGUCCCUAAUCUUAGCGGGGCUGUGGAGGUGGCCUUGGGUUCGUAAGGAAGACGACGUCUGUGCUGACGAAUGGCAACUGGAGUUGUGGCAGGAGUUGGAAAAAGAUCCGGUCGUGAGACAGAGGCUGAGGAAGCUGGCAAAGGACGAGGACGAGGACGAGGAUGAAGGCGAAGUCGACGAGUCACGCGAUGAAGAGGUGGACUACAGUGUUCGGUUGGAAAGGGCGGAUUAA